AUGGUGUUCGCAGUUUCGAGCGAAGAGGAGAGGGUGAAAUGGCGAGAGGAGCAGCAGAGAAAGCAAGAAAGACAGGCAGAAAAAGACUACGACAUCGUGUACGACCACCGACUGUCGUUCGGAGUGCGCCUGCCCAAUGGCUCUUACACAGGCAUCAUCGGACUUCUUCAGAGCGGGGCAGUGGACCUGGCCGCCGCCCCCGUGCUCGUCCGCUACGACCGCACCGAGGUGGCGACGUACGCGCCCGUCCUGUUCACGAGCCACUGCGGGCUCAUCGCCGUCGCGGGCGAGCCCGCUGUGAACGCAUUCAGCUAUUUGUUUGUAUUCGACUGGGAGGUGUGGGCAGUUCUCCUGGCCUCCAUUCCGGUCGUGUCUGGGGCUCUAGCUUUCGUUGAAAAACGGAGGCCGCGGACUGGCGGCAGCUUCAUCUGGGAAAUGUACGAGAAUGCGUGGGACAUCCUCCGUUCUUUCACCUACGAAGGGCACACGGCGCAGACGAAGAGCCACGGUGGGCGGCUCCUCUACUCGGUGUGGUGGCUCACUGUGCUGGUACUAACGAACGGCUUUGCUGGCCAGCUCAAAGCCAGCAUGGCCAUCAAGACAGAGCCAACGCGAUUCCGCUCUGCAGACGAUGUCUCCCAGCAGCCAGCCAUAAGGCCUUUGAUAUGGAAGCACACGGUCUACGAGACUUACGUGCGGACAUCCGGAAGGCCAUCUCUGCUAGCCCUGACCCGGCAGGUGCACCGACACGGUGGGUUCGUGCCCAUCGCCGACAUGUAUUCCCCCGCUGCCAUGGAACAACUCUACAGUGGCCGCGCCGUCAUCGUCAGUGACCGUGAUGUGACCAUGCACAUGCUGGCCAAGCAGUGCCGGCUCACCGGUGGGAGGCUGUACGUGGCACCGGAGCUGCUCUUCACUCGGUUCUUCACCGUGGCGCACUCGAAGCACUUGCCUCCGGAGCUGGAGCGCAGGAUUCACGCAAAAAUGACCGCCAUCAUGGAGUCCGGUCUGAACUUGAAGUGGCACGAGGACGGCAUGCAAGAGUGGCACCGCUGCCAAGCCAUGCAGCAGGCAGGCAGCUCGCAGGCCGGCGAGCUGUCUUUCAAGGUGCUCCGCUACGACGACAUGGCGGCCGUCUUCUCCCUGUGGGCCAUCAUGGCGGCUCUCUCCCUCGUCGCCUUCCUGCUGGAGCUGUGCGUCCACAGGACGGCGGCACGACGCCACCACAGGCUCCCGCGCAUCCACGCGAGGCGGAACGCUCGCCUCGCCGUCCAGGAUCCGGCCGGAGGGGGCGCUGCAGUGCCUGCGAGCACGGGUGCGCGCCGUAUGCGGGUUUCGAGCAUGACGCGUGGGAGGGCCUCCGUCGUCGGUUAUUGA